AUGUUGAAGGAAUUUGAUGUGUCUAAUUUGACUCGAGUCAGUUCUCCUUUGGAUCCUGCCUUGAAGCUUCAAGCUGAUGAUGGAGAAUAUCUGCAAAACCCAACUAUAUUUCGUCAUCUGGUCGGAAAGCUAAAUUAUUUAACAAAUACUAGACCAGAUCUUUUUUUUGCUGUACUCACCCUCAGUCAAUACAUGCAGAAGCCAUGUGUGUCUCAUCUCUCUGAUGCUUUACGAGUACUCAAAUACCUCAGUUUUGCUCCGGGACAAGGCAUUCUUCUUUCAGCUGAGGCAUCAUUUUCCUUGCUUGCAUUCUGUGAUACUGAUUGGGCUUCCUACAAAGAUUUAAGAAGGUCCGUUAGUGGGUUCUUUAUCACUCUAGGAGGAGCUCCCAUCUCCUGGAAAUCAAAUAAGCAAGUCUCAAUUUCUUUGUCAUCCGCAGAAGCCGAAUAUAGGUCUGUGAGAAGGGUUACUGCAGAGCUUACCUGGUUGGUACUAAUUCUUGAGGAUCUAUCUACACCAGUCACUCUACCAAUUCCUCUUCACUCUGAUAGCAAGGCAGCAAUCCACAUCGCCCGAAACCCCGUCUUUCAUGAACGCACAAAACAUGUCGAAAUUGACUGUCAUUUUGUGCGUCAACAGUUUCUUUCAGGGUUAAUCACUCUUUCUGUUGUUCUCUCCAAAGCUCAGCUUGCAGACAUCUUUAUGAAGCCUCUUUCUGGGGUUUCUUAUCGAGAGAUUUUGGACAAGUUAGGGGUCACUAGGUUCCCCUCCAACUUGAGGGGGGAUGUUGAGAAGAUAAAGCCCCCUCAUAAUUUUGAUUUUCAUGGUGGUUCAUCUACAGAUAGAGAAGAAGAUGAGAUGAAGAAGAAGAAGAACUAA